GAAAGUCAAAAUGUUCAAGUUUAUCAUUCUUUCCGUCCUCGCGGUAACCGGUGCUUUGGCAGCACCUAAACCCAGCGUUUUCGCAGCCGCUCCUCUAGCAGUUGCUCCUGCAGUAGCUCCCGCAGUGGUUACAGCUCAAAGUUCCCAGGUGGUAGCUCGCAACUACAACGCUCUAGUGGCUCCAGUAGCUCCAGUUGUUGCUCCAGCCCCAUACCUGGCUCCCGCCCCAUAUCCUGCUCCAUUUGUAGCUCCUUCUCCAUACCUUGCCGCAAGUUACAGGGUUGCAGCCCCAGCUUUGGCGGCGCCUUACUUUGCUGCUCCAGGAAUUGUAGCACCUCUACUUUAAUUAAUUUGUUACA